AUGUUUUCCAAGAUUCUAUCCCUCAACCUCUUCAUCGCCCUCAUCACGGCAUAUGUACUCCCCGACACCCCUUUCUCCGGGUCCUCGCUCUCCUCCCGCGCAGUCGUGAGUGCAGCGGACAUCCUCCUCAAAAUCGCCCCCUCGAGCAACACCUGCACCGGUGCAGAUGUCCCCUCGGAAUGCGCUACAAAUGUCCAGGCAGCACCCUACCUCAUCGCCGCCAUGGCACAAUAUAAGAUCUUCAACCCGCAUGAAAUCGCCGCCGUCCUCUCCCUCGUGGCCUUAGAAAGCGGCGAGUUUAAGUACAGCACCAAUCACUUUCCUGCCCCCGGGCGUCCCGGUCAAGGAACCCGCAAUAUGCAGAUGCCCAACUUCAACCUAAUGUAUGCGAAGUCCAUCCCCGAGUUAGCGGCAAAGGUGGGUGCUAUUACGACGGCAAGCACGACGAGUGGGUUGAGUGACGAUCAGUUGAAUGCGAUAAGGGCGCUGGUUUUGCCCGAUGCCUAUAGCUGGGGUAGUGCGCCUUGGUUUCUUGUUACUCAGUGCCCCGACUCGAGAAAGGCGAUUCAGGCUGGUGGGCCGGCCGGGCUUGCGGCCUAUAUGGCGUGUGUUGGGACCUCGGUGACGGAUGAUAGGACUAAGUAUUAUACCAGAGCCACUGAGGCGUUUGGCUUAUAG